UUUGCUUGUAGUAUUUUCUCUGUUGCUUUGGUAGAGUAACUGGCUGAAUUGUCAAAGUGGUUGCAAAGUCUGAGGGCUGUUCCUCAGCCAUGGGUGUGACCCGUGGCACUUGGCCUAUAUGCUUAGGUCUUCUUGGGCUACUGUCAGAGCUAAGACUUCCAGAGGCUUCAGAAAGCCAUUUCCUGGUGGAGGGCGAUAUCCUCAAAGUGAAUCCUUUCAGGAUGUUUUCAUCUGCCAACCCAAGAUGGCCAAAGAAGGGAGGCAUUGUCCAAGUCCCUUAUGUAAUCUCCUACAAAUAUGAUAAAUCCAGUGUGGAGACGAUCAUGGAAGCGUUUGAAGAAUUUUUGCGGGUCACUUGUGUCAAGUUCGUCCCCUAUUCCUACCAGAGGGACGUCAUCUCCAUUGCUCCGCUCUCUGGCUGCUUCUCCAACGUUGGACGCAUUGGGGGACUGCAAGUGGUGUCACUGGCUCCAGCUUGCCUCAGGAGGGGUAAAGGGAUGGUCCUCCAUGAACUAAUGCAUGUCUUGGGCUUUUGGCAUGAGCAUUCUAGAGCUGGCGGAGACACAGACCCCGGCAUCUCCUGGAGUGAAAUCUUGACUAGAUGUGAAACAAACUUCAUGAAAUCUUGGAAUACCAACAUGUUGGUUGCCUAUGACUGCUCAUCUAUCAUGCACUAUGGCAGGAAUGCCUUCAGCAUGACCGGCUUGCCCACAACUGUACCACUCUCCAGCUCUUACAUCAUCCUUGGACAAAGAUGGAACCUGAGCAACUCAGAUAUUGCCAGAGUCAACAAGUUCUACAAGUGUUUUCAAGCAGCAGCACAGCCAGAAACAUCGGAUGGAAGACCUGAGAAUGUAACUGGUUUUGUCCCAAGCUCAAUGGAACCAGAAAGCAAGGACUACAUCCCUACUGCCUGGAGUUCGGUUCCUUCUGCCACGGAAGAGGCUCGUUCUGCCAGCGAGACUGUUCAGGAGCUGCAAGAGCUGGCCCAAGUGGGCUCCACCCUGCCACCCAACAGGAGUGUUGAGGAAGCCUCUAGUGUUGCAGAAGCCCCGAUGAGAACUCUAGCACCCGGAAUGGAGAGGCGUAACCCAAGUACAGUGUCUCCAGGGGCUCCGAGCAAAGCAUACCUCAUGAUGUCAGAAGGACUGCCACAUAACACCCGGCUCUUGGAAAUGGAGACUAAAAUGACAGCCAGCACUGCUGCCCAGAAGAGCAGUGAGCCGCAAGCUCUGCAGAACCCAACCCGUGGCUCUGGAGUGCUGAGAAUCCAGUCUCCAAGCUACACACAAAGUGGGCAAAGUCCCAUUGAAGGAACAAGAGCUAAUCAAGGAAUUGCACUUGCAGCUUACACUCGUACCAAAAGCACAGUGCCUCCGUUUAGCCUCGGCAAGGGAGCUGCAAGAAGGCUUGAUAGGCUGGUGCAGAGCACUCUCCUUUCUGGAUCAAGAGCCAUGGAUGUGGGGCAGAUCACAGAACUACCUUCCCCUAUGGAGACAGGAAUCGAUGAGUCUGAAAAUGGCUCGCCCAGCUCAAUCAAGGGGGGACCUUUCACUGUGGUGGAAAACCAAACCAAAGAAGGUAUGGAUCUCUUCCAUCCAGCCACAAGUCACUCCAGAAGCAAAACUGGCCACCUUCAGGAUAUGCACUCUGUGGAAGGCAUACAAGAUAAAGCAGUGAGCUCUUCCUACAUGACACCCUCUCGGAGAGCCCCUGGAAGUACAGUAGUCCCAAAUGCUGGAGCUUCUUCCAAUCCCCCAGACAGUGAAGCAAGAAGCCAGGCACUCUUCACUAUCAGCAGCCACCGUGGAAUAGUGGGGAAGGAAGAAAAAGGCUUCUACAACAAGGAGCCAGCUUUCACACUGGCCUCCCAUAGUAGGAAACCCUCUGUGGCACAGGAACGAGAAUAUGGGAUGCUUCCUACUGAUGGGGAUCGAGGCCUUGGAAGUUCACGGGCUCAAAGUCAACAUCUUGAUAGGCUCAGGGCCCCUACUGGAGAGCCAUCCCCUUGGGCAACAACUGCAGGUGAUUCGGCUGAUUCAAGACAAAAGGAACCUUUCUCUGAGAGCAGUCCAAUGGGGUCCACUUCCAUAGAAAUGGGCACAAUCUUUCCUCUGCCCCUCACUCAUCAGACAAGAAAGGGCUACAGACAGGGAGUGUUGGCACAUACACCUUUGGGACCAGUCUCUGAGACUGAGCAGGUGAUGCACGAGACAUGGCCCCUCCUGAGGUCCCAUGAGACACCUAGAAGUGCAGCUGCCGAAACAGUGGUGGGAAUCCCACCGGUCCAGCUUGAACUCCAGACUGAAAGGGGGCACCUGGAAGGAACCGCAUGGCCCAUGUCUAAAACUGGGGGAGGGGCAAACGCGGAGCUGCCCAGCCAAGCUCCUGUGCAGGAAGAACAGGCUUUACUAGCAACUGAAAUGGAGCAAGCCAUGCAUUCUACAGAGGAGACCUCUCCACUGAAACUCUCUUGGUCUCCAAGCUCUAGGCCAGCUCAGAGGAGACACACAGCUUCAUCACUGCAACCAAGAAACAUGGAAGGCUAUAGCUCUAGUGCCCAUGCUGCAGGAUGGACUGCAAGGGUGCAUGCUGAAGAAUCACUAAAGCAUGCCACAGAAGCAGCAACUAUGGAAAGCCUGUCUCGUGGGCAGAAGGCUAGUGUUGGCCAUGAGGAAGAACCUGGAGGCAAAAGGCCUGCAGGAACUGAACUCCCCAAAGAAGCCAAGACCCACAAAAGAGCAUCUCUGUGGCAAGUACUGCCCACGGCAUCACUUGGGAGCCAAAUUCUCAGAAACCCUGAGUGUGGUAUGGCAGAAACCAGACAACAGGAACAACCUCCUCCUCCCCACUCAGUUGGAACUAGUAUUGCUGGAACAGGAGAUGGUGGUCAUGGCCAAGCCAAGAAUUCUACUGGGCUGAGAACAGUACCCUCUCAAAGCCAAUGCAGAGGGAGAGUGGCUGGCUCUUCAUACAUGAAGCCUGCUACCAAGAGGCCAGCUUCCUUGGACAUACCACUGGAAAAUGAGGCUACUCAGGAAUCCAAGUCAGGUGCAGAAACCAAAGGACACAGCUCUGUCUCAAAAGGGAGAUCUCUCCCCAAAGAGAGUGAGAAGGUAUUGUCUGUCCCAGAAACAAGUACUUCUCCCAGCUGGAGGAGAGACACCAAAAAUCGAAGAGAGGAAAAUGGAAUGGGCCAUUACCCACAACCUCUGGAAGAGACUUCAUUGGCAGUAAUGAGUGAACUUACAAAGCCACAUAAAAGGACUCCAGAGAGUACUAUAGCAAGUGAUCAAGGAACUGCUAAAACUACCAGUGCUGGUUCUUCCCACUUCUCCACCACCUUGGCUUUUGGCAACCCAACUCUGCAGGGAGUGCAAGAACCCCGACGUUCUCUUCGUUUAGGAGGAACAGGAUCAGAAUCUGUACCAAAUGAUGGGGGGCCACCUGUAAAAUAUUUGGAAUCUGCCACUGAAAGAAAAGGCUCCUCUAGAGAAAUAACAAGCCCUUUUGCAGAAGGGAGACCGUCUGAGCCAGCAAAUGCAACAGAAAAGUCUUACCAUGGGAUUAAAUGGGCCACAACCCAAGGCUGGAAAGAUGCACUUGAAAAAAGUAGGGACACCACUUCUCCCUUAUCUGAAGCACAGCCAAUGGCCUUGAUUCAUGGCAUUAAUGAAGGGACAGCCGUGCCCCUGACCGCCCCAGAAUCUCCCACACUUCUAAACUAUAGAAAGGGGCCUGCUGGUCGCCAUUCUACAAAGGAAACUCUACAAUCCAGACAAGCCUCUGAAACGCAGACUGUAGUGAAUGGAGGAGAAAUCACUGUGAGCAGCAUGAUGGAAGGGAAACCAGAGCAAGAUGGUGGUCCCUCUGUCGUCAACCCCAAUUUCCUUCAUUAUAUUGACAAGAGGUCUCUGCCAGAGAUAAUGGCAAGAACCUUGGUACUGGCGUUGCCACAAGAGGAGGACUGCAAUUGUGAGCCACUGGGGCUGAAUUGCAGGUGUCUAAAUCCCAGUAAACCAACAGUGGCUGGUUCUGUGAAGACAAAAGCAUUCCUGAAGAAACAUGUCCUCAGAACCAUGAUGGCGGCGGCAGCGGCUCUUGGGAAUGGGCACAAGCCUGAAAAAGCUGUAGGGAUGUCUGCUUCAAACAUUGAAUUGCCACAUCUUUGUAGGAAGUUGCCUUCUGCAGUGGAAAUGGCAGGAAAUGACCUGCCGGCCCCUCGAAGAACAAUGAAGGCAGCACAGCCCCUCUUCUGUUCCUUUGAGCAAGACUUGUGUGGCUGGGAGCAGAGUAAGGAAGAUGACCUGGACUGGAUCCUUGAGAAAGAGCAAGAGCAGUCUGUGGAUGAUCAAGAUAUUGCAGGAAUGCCUUGCAGGGCCUCUGGUGGCUACAUCUCCCUGAAGUCUCCAACAAUCCAAGUUCCUAGUAAAAAGGCAAUUCUGAUCAGCCCCGUCCUACAUGGCACUCGGUGUCUGAAGUUCUGGUACAGAACAAUGGGCUCUGUCGCAGGCAAAAUCAACAUCUACACAAAACUCCUGAUUUCCUCUGAGUGGUACAAAGUCUGGUCUAUGAAGGAGGAUCAAGGCAUGGACUGGUAUCCAGUGGCCAUACCCAUCUCAGAGAUUGGUGAGCUACAGAUGGCUCUGGAAGGCGUGACUGGCCACAACCUGGGGAGUCGUGCUGGAAUUGAUGACCUCCUUGUCUGUAGAAAGCCAUGUUGGGAAUGCUAUAAUACUAAAAGCAUUUUGUGUGGGGAAAACAAAAUAAACUAAGUGUUGCUUUA